GCCGUAAUGUCGCUGCUGCCCCGCCCGGGAGGCAAGGUGCCCCCUUCAGGCUCCAAGAAGUCUUCAGGUGGCUCACCUUCUAAUGGGUGGGUUGAUGGCGGCAACGUCGCCGACAGUCGUCGGAUUCCACCUUACGACGCCACCAAGGACAAACAUGGCGGGCUGGCCCCGAAAAUCUCACCUUCCAAAUCGAGUCCAUCAAAGAAGGGCCACCGACCAACCUCCACAGCGCCAUGUCCCCAUCACAAGCAUUCAGAGUCUGAUGCGUCCAUUGUAAAAGCCCCUGCGCAUCGUGGAAACAUCACGUUCGAAUCGGACAUGCCUGGCAACGGCGGCAUGGAACUCGAGGUGCUCAAAGCGAUCAUUCUGCGAGAAGAUUACUUGACAAGGCUGUUGGACAUGUCAAAGCGAGAGUCGCAGUACACGUUGGUGGGGUCGAUGGCCAACACACUGGACCUGAUUCGGCUGACGACUGUGGAAGUGGUGGAAGCCAUCGCUGCGUGGCGCAAACUCCAGCCAAAGCACAUGCCGUUCAAAUGGAACGGCGUCAACUACCUGCUAAAAGUACCGUCCGACUUGGAUUUUAUGCAAGAGUGCGACGUGAUGGUCCGGUGGCUCGGAUUUUCACUGGAUCGGAACCCGUUUGUCAUGCCAGACAACUUGGACACCCGCGGGCAGGUCUUUGAGCCGAGACGACCUGGCACCCCCACCACGUCGUCGAUCGACGAUCUGUUCCUGUCGGUUGGGGGGCUGCCCGUGGCGGCGGCUCCUGUCCACCCAAUGCCGCCCACCACGGCUGCUGGUAGAAAAGCCAAGACGGCGUAUGAAACGAGAGUUCUCAACGACGAAGACUUGGUUCCCCGACCAAAGCCCGCGGGAUUCCAAGCGUCCCGCCCGCCAACCACCAAGGCCAAAACGACGGUGGUGCUCCCGUCUCAGAUUGGCGACUUGGAUGUGCUGCGGAUUCGGGAAGCGGAAAAGAGUCUUCUGGAGGAAGAAUCUCUCUUUGGACGGUUCAAGCGUGACUUGUACGGACGACUGGUUCCUGAGGCGGUGGCGCUACAGCAAGCCAAGACGGCCAGCAUUCGACAGACUCACGUGACUGCUGGAGUCGUUUCUUCGGCCACCCCUGGCGAAGGAGAAGCUACAUCAUCCACAGCUACGACGUCGUCGCCCCGGCUAACGAGAUCAGCGUCGCCGGCCAACGAAACGAGUGUGCCGUCGAAAGGGAAUGAAAAGCUCACCGGGUCGAUCAAGCAGGCGGGGAUGCUCGCGCCGCCAACCAAGCUCAACAUGCAAGGCCGGAUUCGAAUGCCCAUGAUGCGAUCGCGAGGCGCCAAGAUGGAAGAAGAGCUGGAGAAGACCAUCGUAGCCAACAAAAACCUCGAGGAUCACAUUGCAGGGCUUCGGGACGCCAUAGCCAAGCAGCAACAGUCAGUUACUAUUGUAGCCGAACCUUCCGAUUCACCAAUGCUGCCGAGUGGCGCCAUGGACUCGCCGACGAUAGCCAUGCUCAGACGAGACUUGGACACACAAGUGGUCGAGUUUGAGCGCAAGAAGCGGGAAAUCUAUCGCAAACAAGAAGCGAUGGAAGCGUUCAAGGCCGCGCAAAAGUCGGCCGUCGAGAACGGUCGCGUCGCCGAACUCCUCCGGAAAAAGCAAAUGGACGAAGCGCAGGUCGUCGCGGAAAAGGUCAAACUCGUGCAAAUAUACAAGGCCACGCAUAUUCAAAAGAUCGUCCGCGGCAUCCUCGCGCGCCGCGAGUACAAGGUCAUCCGCAUCAAGUAUACGAUUGCCAGCACGUACAUCGAGGCGUUGGCUCGGGGGUUUCUCGCCCGCCGCCGCGUCUUCAAACUAUUUCAUCGUCGCAAAGCUGCGAUUCAAAUCCAAUGCUUGGCUCGGGGAGUACUGGCUCGAAAUGCCACUCGACUCGAACGGCAUGCCCAGAAACAACGCAAGGCGGCCGUGGUCAUUCAGAAAACGUACCGGGGUCGGCUCGGUCGUCAGCGCAUGCGCAACUUUCGGGCGCUGCACAACGCCAAGCUGCGGCUGAUUUACCUCACAGAACACUUGUGCACGGACGAACUGGUCGAGCUGGGUCGGCUGCUGUGUGCGUACGCCAAGCACCCCGAGAGCAAAUACACAGUCAAGCCAUCGCACGUUGUGCUGGGCUUGAUUCGCAUCUUGAAAAGCACGUGGGGUAGCUGCCUCUCCCCCAAGGACAAACGGAAACACGACCAACCGAUUCAUGAAGUGCGGUGGAUGGAAGGCGGUCAGUUCCUCCGGCGCGCCGGAGCGCUCUUGCGCGCAUUGCACACCUUGGCGACGAGUGCAGGGCGGAUGCUGCUGCCGCUGUCGAGUGAAACACUGGCGUUGAUCCAAGCCUACCGAAACGACAGCCACUUUACACUCCCGCAUUUUGCCACCCAAGGGGCGUUGGCCAAGACGUCGUCCACGCUGUUUCAAUGGAUCCAAGCCCUCGCGACGAUUAGCGACGUGCAGCAUGUGUUUCUGUCGCCGACGCCCGUGCUGGAGCUCAAUUUAGAAGACUAUGCCUACGAAGACCGCGCCGAAUCUAUUGCGUGCGACUUGGAAGACCACCACAGCCAGCGGCAGUUCGUGCCCUUGUCUCUGAUACAAGACUGUCCGAAGCGCCCGCGCCCGCUGCUGAUUGUCUUGGCCCGUGAUGUUCCAGGCUAUGCCAAGCACUUGCUGGUUCAAACCAUCAUGGCAACGUUUCCAGGGCUGUUUCUUCGGAUCAACACCCCCAACGCCAUGCACAUUCAGACAAUCCAGCAAACAUUCGAUGCUGGCUACAGUGUCUUGUAUGAUGCCGACAUUGGCAUCAGCCUCGGCCAACAGCGCAAAUUCCUGGGCCAAUUCUCGAUCAUCGCCAAGGCGUUGCGACCGAGCCCGUUGAGCAUUUUGAUUCAGGGCGAUUUGAGUAAUCGCGCUGGGCUUGGCGAUACCCGUGAGCUAGGGGUGACGGAGGCGGAUUUGAUUGCCAUGGCGGACAAGGACGCCAAGAUUCACGCCCAGUUGGCCGCAGACGGACGCACGGUGCUGACAGACGGCCGCAUGUUUGAUGAAAUGAUUCAGACAAGUUGGGACGACCGACCGCCGUUUGGCUUGGUGUUUGUGAUGGAAGCGAUCUUGAUCUUGCUAACCCCCACCCAACGCUACAACGCCCCAGACACUGCUACCUCUACUGUCACAUGGCGCUUGAGUCGCCGACUCCUCGCCACUCCAGAACUGUUUGCCGACAAGUUGCAAGCUGUCAACAUGACGUGUUUGCCUGUGGACAACAUCAUGGUGCUCAAGGAGUACCUGGAGCAUGCAUCUUGGCCAGCCAUGAACACGAGCCAUGGAAGUCUCAUGCAUCGCUUGGCGCUGUAUACCCAUGCUGUGGUCCGCUUUGCAUUGCACAUCCACGAAGGAGGGGGGUGUGCGGUGCCCAUCUGUCGAUCCAAGCCGCUCCCGGGCCUCUUCAGUAGUGUCAUUACCGUGACCGACCCGUCCACAUUCGACCCCUUGUACAAGGACAUCUCGGCCAAGCUUGCGUGUGCCAUCCUCGAAGACGUCCGCGUCUACCGCGAAUCCAAGAAAAUCAACAAUCAAUUGCACAUUAUCACGCUGUAUCGAGACUGCCACCGCGUGUACGUGAGUUGCUACGACCCUGUGACGUCCAUGCUGUGGAAAGCCGACAUCCCCGAAGCUGACAUGAACAUAUUGCUGGCCCCGAACUCCCUCGAAGUGCUGCAGCAAAAGAAACCCCCUCGCAAUCCCAAAGAGUUGUACAAGAGCGUGGUGGGGUACUGCGCCUUGUCCAAGCCCCGGGGACGAGACCCGUCGAUGCAACUGGAGCUACGGCCUCGCGCCAUGCGUCUGUGUCGGCUGACUCGGAAAAUUCACGGCCACUUUGCCACUAUUACGCUGGCGGAGGUGGCGAUGGGUCAUUUGCAAUUGGACGUACAUGUGCAUGACUCGUUUAGCUCGAAAACGAUUUCGUGGACGGUGCAUGUCAACGACGACGAGUUCCAAAAGCUCAAACUCAAUGCGACGGACCCUGUGGAAUUGGCGGCAUACGAUUCCAUGGACGUUCAGACCAUGUAUCGUUAUGUGCUGGACCGCGUCCACAUCGAGCACCGGCAACUAACGCUUCCAUUUGCCCACCACUUCACCGCUAAAGCCCCCAAGUCCGUCGAGCUGCCAGCAGACCUGAGGGUGCGCAUACGUGAACAUGGAGGAUCGGGGCGGCUGCUUCGACGCCAAGUGGUGUUUACCCCUCGGACGAACAUCAAGUGGAUCCUCAGUGUAUUUGAAAUGACGUGGACGGGUGCGGUGCGGCUGGAGGCAUAUCGUCCCGACACUUGCGCGUCCGUGAAAAUGAUGCUGUCGUCGCGAGAACGACGCGAAGUGCUGUUGUGCAAGCAACGCAAGGCCACGCUACUAAGGAGGGUUCGACCUGUGAUGUCUCCGCUGUGGGUCCAAUCAUUGCUCGACCGAGUAAGCGUGUCCGAUGCCCAUGUCACCCUCGACAGACAACUCGACUGUGUUGUGGUGCAGCUGCCGUAUUUUCCAGACAUGUACUCUGAGGCCGUGGCGAAAUCAAGUCGAUCGGUGCGGGCCAUCUGCCACGUCGACUUGGCCGUGCUGCCAAACGAUAUCUACGGCCUCAACGUCUACGUGUACCUCCCUUUGAUGAGCCACACGCACGUGAUUGGACUCUGCGACGCCGAAGUGCAGACGAUGGUGACGUGGCCGUGGACGUGCGUGGAGUCGGCCGCCGACCGUUUGCAAGCGAUCCGCGCCAUCUUUCUGCUGUGUACUUAUGACACGACCCAGCACGCCGUGCGCUUGGAGAGCGCGGGAUGCUUUGUCAAGUACUCGACUCGUGUGUCCCCCGUCGUCGGGGAGGGGGAAACAAACUCCCCCAAGCCGUCCACGCCCCUUGUUGUGGACAACACCCCCCUCAAUCGACCGAUCACGUCCGACGACUUGGACUUGCUGGCAAACACGGUGUGCAUGUUGGACGGGGAAGGGGGGACGAAGCUGUGCUUGCUCUACGAUGUGGUUACGACACUACACACGGGAUCGUUCCGGUGCAACGGCACGUUGCUCAUGGCGACGCUCACCAUGAAAGCGUACUUAAAGCCAGUGAUCUUGCCCAACAAACCAGGGUUGCCGGACAUUCACACGUCGGUGGAUUCGUUCCUCCUGUCUAUGGAUAUUUACCACCCCGAGAUCAGCCAACAUUGCAUCGUCCACGUCGAUGGCAUGCACGAGCUGCGCGAGGUGACGGGGCCAGACGAAGCCCAUUUGAUUGGAUCCAAGACUGUACCCGAGUGGCUCAACCACGUCAUAACCACGCGAUUGGAUCGGACGGUUCACCCCGACGGCACCUUUACAGCUACGUUGGUGCGGUCGAGACUGUACUCCGAGUACAAAGCGACGCCGAUCAAUUCCAACAUGGACGGCAACACCUUGCACAACAACCACCUGCUCAUCGACAACGUGGACAAGCGCGGGGUAAAAAUCACGUCCAAAGCCAAGCAAAUUCGAGGUCAUGCCGUCAUUUUCACCGCCUUCGAUCUCACAUCACUACCAUCAACCACCACCGACGAAGCAGUUGGCGAUCGAGCGUUGCAUGUGCACAUCCGCAUCGAUGGGUACUUUGCUGCCACGAGCCAAACCCUGUCAGUGUGGGUGCGAGGAGCAACACUUAUGGAAACCAUUGGAUCGGACGUGGUCUUGCUCCAAUGCGGUCAUGAACGGGCGUUGGCCGACCAUUUGAUUGAUUUCAUCGACUUGGAGAUGAUGGCAGGAGGCGAUGAUGCUGGCGGUAAGCCCUCCAUUGGCCGCUUGUUUGUCAAGGAAAGUGUCGUGAGUCCCCCAAGCCCCGCGGUGGUUCCAGUCAUCCUCGACGAGUCGACGGGGAAGAGAGCAGCGACCCCCGCAACUCCCCCCUGUUUGUACAAGACGUUCUGCGCCGUCGCGGGGGAAAAAGUGCUGGUGACGGUGUUGGACACGUCCGAAGCGACCCCCGCACUCCCUCUGCGCGUGACGCUAUACCAGCCGUCGUCGUGCUUGACUACACAGGUGGACGUCCGAAGAAACUUGCUGGAGCAGCUGGUUCCGUUGGAACGCACCAAGUGGACAACCAAGGCAGACAUGCAGACCGCGUUGCGGCAGUUGCUGUCGUAUUUAAGUGUCACUCGAGUGGAAGGCGAGUGUGGCACCACCUUGGCCGUGACAUGGAACGUGCCGGAAAACGAGAUUCAUGGAGCUGAAGUGUAGAGAUUGGCCGUAAUACAACGAAGGCCCAUUGUGGUGUCAUCGACAAUGUAUA